GCUGCCCUCUUAUCAGAAUCCCUCCUUUACUUCACCCUGUAACCACUGCCGGAGCCUAUCAGGAUUCAGAACUCACCAUUUCUUCGCCGGUCCAGCCAUGGCCGCCGCGCGACUCGCCGUCAUCGCCAAUCCGUUCCUCUCCUUGAACCGGAUAUCUCAAGUUCGCAGUCUACGCUGCAACAAUGGAGUCUCACUGUCAGUCUCAAAAAGGCUAUUCACUUGCAGGGCUCUCCACAACCCUCAGCUCCACGUCAAAGAGCAAGGACAGCCUGAAACUCUUGACUACAGAGUCUUCUUCCUUGAUUCGUCUGGAAAAACGGUUUCCCCUUGGCAUGAUCUACCACUGCACUUGGGUGAUGGCGUUUUCAAUUUUAUUGCGGAAAUACCCAAAGAAUCAAGUGCAAAGAUGGAGGUUGCAACUGAUGAGCCAUACACUCCAAUAAAGCAGGAUACAAAAAAGGGAAAGCUUCGAUACUAUCCCUACAACAUAAAUUGGAAUUAUGGAUUGCUUCCACAAACAUGGGAAGACCCAUCUUUAGCAAACUCUGAAGUUGAAGGGGCAUUUGGUGAUAAUGAUCCAGUUGAUGUUGUUGAGAUUGGAGAAAGUCGAGCAAAGAUUGGCCAGAUUCUCAGGGUCAAGCCUCUGGGUGCUUUAGCUAUGAUUGAUGAGGGGGAACUUGACUGGAAAAUAGUUGCAAUUUCAUUGGAUGAUCCAAGGGCUUCCCUUGUGAAUGAUGUUGAUGAUGUUGAGAAGCAUUUCCCGGGCACUCUUACUGCAAUUAGAGACUGGUUUAGAGACUAUAAGAUCCCUGAUGGAAAACCAGCUAACAAGUUCGGUCUGGGCAACAAGGCAGCAAACAAGGAUUAUGCCCUCAAGGUAAUUAAUGAGACUAAUGAGUCUUGGGCUAAACUUGUCAAGAGAUCGAUUCCUGCUGGAGAGCUAUCACUUGUGUAAAUAUGAUUUGAAGAGUCGACCUGCGGCUGUUACUGCUGGGUACUCAGUGACACAUAAAGAGGUUUUACUUCUGGUGUAGUCCUGGUAUUAUUAUUAGUUGACAUGAACUUUAUUUUUCACAAUUUUGAGCUAGAACAUACUCUAAUUGCAGUCUGUCUUUAUUCUUGCACUCAUCAUUAUGAAAUAAAGCUUUUUCUUUUUUUGGUUUUCAAAUUAGAA